AUGCCUUUGACUCUUAAAAUUCCUCUGGUACUUGCGACUGCAGCCUUCUAUGAUCGAGCGUUCACUCCGCCGUCCACAUCGGAAACCCAGGACGAGCAAAAGAGAGCUCUUCGAGCUUCUUCUGUGACGGUGGCAGAAAGGCUGAUCCCAGCGGCGACGCUCACGGCGAAGGUGUUAUACUGGACCUUGAGUGUCGCCGAAGUGGCAAGCCUUCUUGCCCUUCGACUGCCGCAGUACCGAGCCUCCUCGCAUAUUCGCCACACAUUUGCCCUCAAUGGUGCUUCGCAGCAAGCACUCACAUCCCUUGUCCAUCCGUCUACAACGAACAUCGUCGGCUCCUUACUUAUCAUUUUCGGGGCUCUCAUCCGUCUGCGCUGCUAUCGCGAGAUGGGACAUCACUUCACCUUCCGCCUCUCACUUCGUCAAGAUCAUGAGCUCGUCACUACCGGGCCAUACAGCGUCGUACGCCACCCCAGCUAUACCGGAGGGCUCAUGACAACCGUCGGGCUCAUCUUGACGCUUGCUGGACGUGGUUCAUGGUUGAGGGAAGUUGGUCACAACACUGCGUUCGGGAAGGUGUGUGCCGGGGUGUUGGUGGUGACCAUCGGGUUCUGUCUGAAGGCGUUCCUGAGAGGUGGUCAGGAGGAUGCGUACAUGAGAAAAGAGUUCAAAGCCGAGUGGGAGGCUUGGGCUAAGAUAGUUCCGUAUCGCUAUGUGCCAGGCCUCUACUAA